AUGGAAAAUUCAAAAAAGCUACAAAAUUCUAUUAUUAUCAAAGUAUUUGGAAGCAAAAUUCCUUUCCUUGUGGUCAGUACAGAACUUAGAAGACAAUGGGCUCCUUAUGGGAAGUUCCACUUAACAAUGUUAGGAAUGGAUUGGAUCCUUUGUUCAUUCUACAAUAAUGAAUCCAUGGAAGCUGUAUUCAAUAACGGACCUUGGUUUGUUAAUGGGAAAAUAAUUGGUAUGGAUAAAUGGUCUUGUAAUUUUGAUCCUUCCUCCUUAAAAGGGUUGAGUGCUCCAAUAUGGAUAAGGCUUCCAAAUCUACCACUUCUAUGUUGGGAUGAAAUCAACAUAUGUAGAAUUGCUUCUACAAUUGGUGAGCCCCUAAUGAUUGAUGGUAAUCUUUUUCAAUGGGGAAGAAGGGAGUUUGGUAGAGUAUGUGUUCGUAUCAAUCUAUACAUUGCUUUACCAAAAGGAACUUGGGUUGAAAGUAGCUCGGGCAAGUUUUAUCAAAAAUUUGAAUAUGAAAGACUCCCUGACUUUUGCUUCUGCUGUGGGAAAAUUGGACAUGAAAAGUCCAAUUGCUUAUUUAACACAUCUGCUAAUAAUUCUGUUACUAAAAAGGAAGGGGAUCUUCCAAAGGGUAUUGAAGGAAUUACCUUCAACAACAAGGUUUCUAAAGAAGCAGAAAAAGUUAAUUUUGGCUAUGGUCCUUGGCUUCAGGUUAACUAUGGCAAGAAGAGGAAUUUGUUCAAGAAUCAAGGCUUUAAAGAUAAAGUAGUUGCUGGGAAAAAAAUUCCAGAUUCUGUUUUUAAAAAACAAAUCUGGAAGGAAGUAGAAGCAAUGGAAAUUCCUAAUAAAGAAGUGCAAUUUUCUAUUCCGGAAGGAAUCCAGGAUGAUGCUAUUAAGGAAUCUAUUUUUUUACAGCAUUCUGAAAUCUCUCAGAAGUCAUCUUGGAUAAAAGGUCAAAUGUUCAUAACUCUUCUUUUAUCUCUACUAACAAAUUCAAUUUGCUAG